AUGGCAUCCAGUAGUGAAGAUAUUAAAAAAAGGAAUUUGUCAUGUGACCACAAUGGUGUGGCUAGUGGGUGUGUUGACCAAAUGGUAGCUCCUCCUCCAAUCCCUUCUGUGACCAUGAUGGUGUGGCCACUGGGUGUGGUUACCAAAUGUUCUUCAUCUGCUGUCGAGGAAGAAGUUACCCCCAUGAUGCAUAAAAUGAACAGUGUGCACGCCAAAAAAAAAGUUCGCCAGUAUUCAGAUGAGUACUUGCUGUUUGGGUUCAUACCAGCGACUCAUGAUGAAAGGUUGCCUUUUUGUCUGUUGUGCCACCAAUGUUUGACUAAUGAAUCCAUGAAGAGAGGUCGUCUCGAAAAUCAUUUGAAGGCAAAACACAGUAUUCAUGUUAAUUCAAAACUGGGGUAUUUUAAAUCCCUAAAGGAGAAGUUUGAAAAAAGAUCAACAAUAAAUUCAUUGUUCUCUGCAAGAAGUGCAAGCAAGGAUCGUGGUCUUGAGGCUAGUUAUGAAAUUUCUCUUCUCAUAGCAAAAUGUGGCAAAAAUCAUACAAUAGGGGAGAAUUUAAUUAAGCCCGCAAUAUCAACUUUUCUGAAAGUAGUUCUUGAAAAAGAUGACCAAGAUCUCAAAAGCAUGCCGCUCAGUAAUAAUACUGUUAGUAGCAGGAUUGAUGAAAUGAGUUGUGAUGUAGAAGUACAACUUGUUGAAAAAUUGAAAUAUACAAAUUUUUCAAUACAGUUGGACGAAUCAACUGUAAGAGAUAGUGAAGCUCUGUUAAUGGCCUAUGUAAGAUAUGUUGAUAAUGGAGAAUUUAUUGAGGAUAUGCUAUUUUGCGAAGCAUUAGAAACCACCACUAUUGCAAUUGAUAUAUAUAAGAAAUUAAAAACAUAUUUAGAUGAUAAGCAGAUACCAAUGGAGAACAUUAUAUCUUGUGCUGCAGACGGUGCUCCAGUGAUGAUGGGCAAGAAAAAUGGAGUUUUAAAAUUAUUGAAAGACGACAAUCCCCAAAUGUUUGAGUUCUUGGAUGACAAACCUUAUAUGACUCUGUUACUGACAGUUGAUGGUAAAGCACUUGUCAGUUAUUUAGCAGAUAUAUUUGAAAAACUCAAUGUCUUAAAUAAGGAGCUCCAAGGAACAAAUAUGACUCUUGUUAAUUCAAAGGCCAAGAUAUUUGGCUUUAUAUCAUUUCUGGAAUUAUCCCAAGAAAAUAUUUCUGUCAAAAAAUUUGAACAAUUUUAUUGGCUGAAUAAAUGUGAGGUAACAGAUGCUACUUGUCUUGUUAUUGUGGAGCACUUAAAAAUAAUGGUAAGCGAUUUCAACUUCAGAUUUUCUGAUUUGAAAGAAAUUAAUUAUCCAUCUUGGAUGACUCAGCCAUUGCUAGUGGAUCUGUCAGAUGUAACCAUGGAGUAUCAAGGAGAACUUUCAGAAUUACAAAAUGAUGACUCGAUUAAAGCCCUGUUCAAAAUAAAAGGAACAAUGAUGUGGCUCUGUGAAGAAACACAAGCUAAAUAUCCAAAUACAAGUAGUUUGGCAAGAAAACUACUGUUACCAUUCCCAUCGUCAUACUUAGUGGAAUGUGGAUUUAGUGCUGUGAAUGACUUAUUACUGAAGAAAAGAAACCGAUUGGAUAUCACUAAACGAGGCGACUUGAGAUUGAAAUUAACAAAAUUUCUGCCUCGGAUAAAAUCUCUUUGCAGUAGACAUCAGGCUCAAGGGUCUCAUUAA